AUGACGGAAUUGGACCUGCCAAAGUCUCCGACAACAUCGAAAAUGUUUCCGUCACAAUUGGCUUCCGAUGAGAUUCAACUUUGUUUUAACAAGGCUCAUUUUGCGCAAAAUGAUUUCAAUGUGGAGAGAUUCAUGAAUUUGGCAAGACGACGUGCUUCGUUGGAGGAAAUUCACAAGGAUUUGAGAAUUUACCUGAAAAGCAUACAAAACAGCAUGAUUGAAUUGAUUAACGACGAUUAUGCCGACUUUGUCCAUCUUUCGAGUAAUUUGGUGGCAUUGAAAGAAAGCAUCAGCAAAAUAGAGGCAGAUUUGGAAAGUAUUUGGGAGGAGUUUCAAACGACUACGAAGCCAUUUGUGGAGAUUGCCGAGCACGUGGAGCUUAAAAGCAAGGAACUUUCAAGAAAUCGGAGUGAACAGACGCGUAUCCGAGACGAGAUUACAUUUCUGAGAGCUAUUGAAAGCAUGGCUCAUUCUUUGGCGAGAGUUCCCAGCCCGAUUAACAUGAUCUGGCUUGAACAGUUUUGCUCGAGUGUCGUCGAUGUUACAACGUUCAAAGGAGAAUUAACUAAUGACUCCAAAGAGAAGACGGCGUUUAACAAGGUUAUUGCUCGGAGCCAUGCAGUACUUGCCGAUCAAGCCAUUUGUUCUUUAAAAGGUGAUUGCCAACUUCUUCCAAUGAUUUUAUCUGUGCUAAACAUCUGUGAAUGUACAGAUCAACUAGUAGCUAAAAUCGUUUCAGUGGUGCUUGCUCCAAAGGUGAUCGCUGUCAAGGGAAAGCCAUUGGAAAUGCUGAAUAACGCUCUGAAAGUAACGAAAGAGAUUCGGUUUGAAUGGUCUGCUAAACUUGGAGAAGCCUGGAAUGGACAUGUCGAAUCGUUUCUUGACCAAACCCUUCUGACGUUUUUAAUUACAUAUUUGGACGAGCACUUAGCAACUGUGCUUUGCCCGACGGUUGUUAGUGAUGCCCGCCAUUUUCACAGUUGUUUUACAUCUGUUGGCGAUUUUAUAACCAGUUGGCCUACCGCCACAAAGCAAAUGAUUCUUCUCAAACAGUUGAAAGGAAAAUUCCAAAUGCCAUUGUACUUUAAAAUCACGACGAAUGCGUUUUCAAAGUCGGUCAAUGAGGCAAUAGAUCCCGCAAAUUUUAAACUGCUUUCAGCCGAAGAAAAGGAGGCAUUCCAAGAAGAGGGUGAAAUUAAUUGCAAUGCUUCAGCUAUCAUUCUCGACGCGAUCAAAAGCAUUUGGGCUGACGACAUAUUUUUACUAUCUUUGACCGACAAAUUUUGGGAAUUCACACUACGAGUCUUUUCUAAGCAUCAGGCUUGGGCUAGGGCAAUGAUAGAAACUAUUUCGACAAUCAAAGAAAGUGAUUACAACAGACAACCUAAGUGGAUGAUGUUGCUUUUGAUUCGGCAAGACCUAUCGCAAAUGGACCAGAGUGUGUUUAACGUGGCUCUAGAAAUGAUUUGGCCAAAACUCAAAGAACUUGGCGUUGAUCCUGGACCUUUUGGCCAAUGCCUAUCAAAGGAAUCUCAAGCGAUCAAAACGAAUUGUGAUCAAAUUAAUACCAUGGUCGAAACUGUUAUUAUAGAUCUUUUGAAAAAGGAAAUUGACGGAGUAUCAGAUAUUCCAAGACAAUAUCGUUGGACGAAGAAAGCCGCGCCCACAAAACACUCGCACUACGUAGAUUCGUGUAGGAAAAUAGUCGAAGAUCUUGGAGCAGCAACUAACAACGAGCCUGAAUUUUCAUCAAGUUUUAAUUCGAUUCUAUCCAACGCUUGUGAAUAUUUUGUGGAAAAGGCUAAUCAGGUCAUGCAAACGGUGGCUGUUACGGGAUCGUCAAUUUCGAGAUACAAACGCCGUGAAGGUAGCCAUUCGCAGCCUGAAGGCGAUUCCGAUGAAUCAAAAAUCCGAUCGCAAAUAGUGUUUGACGCUGAAGAAUUGAACGCACUCGCUUUGGAAAAAGAUGCUCAGGUCAGCAAAAUGGACGAGUUGAUUGAAAGUCUCCGCACUCCGACAAAGGAAUCGAGC